CCUCAUUUGACACACAACAAUCGCAGCAUCUUAUCCAGUGUACCUCAAUACAGCAAUUCAAUAUGGAGGUGUAUUAUGGAAUCAACACUGAAAACAGGGAUAAUACUAUCUGGUCAACCGAAAGACUAUAUCUUCGUCUCUUAGAAACCUUCCCCGAAUUUGUCCAUGACUUCCAAGCGAAGUGGAACGACUGGCAUCAAGCUAUCUCGGCUGACGACUCAUCAACAUGGUCGUCAGUCCCUUCCUUCACAGCCCUCACCGCACUCGGUCCCCAGAUCAUAUCUCUCGUCGUCUACCAGUUGGCUCUUGACCAAAACGAUAAGACGGCCGUACAUCUCUACUUAGCCCUGGGACCUGACAGCUCCUACCUACUUGACGUUCUCGAAAAUGAAAAUUCCCCUGGGUUGCAGAUCUUGCGCGCCUCCUUCGACCGCAACAGGGCGGUACGCAAGGCUCUCGCCGACUGGGCCGAAUACUGCGAGCGAGUUUCCCACCACAGCUCGUCAAGCAUAUAUGCCGAGUGUGCUGAGUAUGAGACCUUGGUCAACUUUGGGGAGAGUAUUAUCCCGCAUGUAAUGUUGCAAUAUGCGAACGAUAUCAAACUCCAGAUUGAACCGAAUGCGGUCUCACGUGCGAGUGGUAUUGGCCGGGGUGUGCUGUUCUGGUAUGAGCUGCUUCAUGAGCUGGUGUGGGGCUGUAAGACGGGGGGGCAGACGUGGAUGUUUGAGGAUGUGUAUAAUCGGUGGGAGGGGUGGUUUCAGGGGGGAAGUGGUGUUGGAGGGGCGCCUAGGUAUUGUGGGGAGGGUGCUUGAUGGAGAGGUAUACUUGGUCAUUCUCACUCGGCCGUUAAAGUCCGUUGGUUGGUUUUUCUUGCUUAAAAUGGCAGAUUGUCCCAUGUUUAUACUGAAAGACUGUCUUGGCCUUUGUGGUAUUUGACAUGGAUAGACAUGUAGUCAGUUUGAGUCUCUGUUGGUUUGUGUUACCUGCACCUAAGGAAUUGCUUCUGAUCAUCUCAAAAGAUAGGGG